GGGUGAACAGAAAAAAAAACAAUUCGUUCUGAAGCAUUUAUUUUCAAGCAAUUCUUUAAUCUUUUACACACUUUUAUUGUGCUUAUACUUGAUAAAAACAGUAUCAAUGGAGCUCCUUACAGUGCCGUUAAAAAAAACCAAUGAAGUAGAUUUGGUGAAACCCUUAAAGAAUAUUAUUCAAGGAUCUAACAUAAAACAAAGUGAUCCAUCUCAAAAUAUUGAUAAAAUUAACAGCUUCAACAAGCAGCGUAAUCAUGCCGUAUUUAAAGUUUUUGAAAAGAAUGAUGCAGCUUUAGAAGCAAUCACUGCAUAUUACGAUCAGCUAGCUGCUCUUGAAUCGAAGAUUCCAGUUCAUGAAUUUCAAGUUCCCUUUAAAUUUGUUUUCUUUUUAUUCGUAGCAUUGUCUUCGAUGGCAUAUGAAAAAGUUUGCGUUCUCUUCAACACUGCUGCCUUGCAAAGUUCCAUUGCAUCGACUCAAUGUUUAGACAGCGAUGAUGGACUCAAAACAGCAGCAAAACACUUUCAACUCUCAGCUGGAAUCUUUUCUUAUCUAAAAUCGGCUGCUCCUGCUUUGGGUCAAGAACUUACACCAGAUUUAUCUCCUGAUACUUUACAUGUUCUUUCGCUUUUGAUGUUAGCGCAAGCUCAGGAAAUCUUUGUGAUCAAAGCGAUUAAAGACGGAAUGAAAGAUCAGGUCAUAGCUAAAUUGGCGUGUCAGAACGAAGAAAUGUAUGCAGAUACUUUAAAGUAUAUGCAAAAGGAUCCCUUGAAACCACUAUGGGAUAAAGAUUGGAUACCAACAAUUGCUGGUAAACAAGCUGGUUUCCACGGACUCACAAUGCUCUACCAAGCUGGUGCCUACAAUGCAGCAAAAAAGAUUGGCGAAUCAAUUGCCUGUCUUCAAAAAUCUGUUGAACUUUUUAAAGCAUCACAAACACGUUCGGGAAAACAGUCUUUGUUUGAUGAAUAUGCAAAGAAAGCUCAACGAAAUCUGGUUGAAGCAAAGAAAGAAAACGAUUUCAUCUACAAUGCAAGUAUUCCCAAUGUUGACUCUUUAGAUUCAUCAGGAAAGUUUCAAUUGGCCAAGUUAUUACCUCUUGCUGCACCAAUGAGUGCAAACUUCAAAGAUUUGUUUAAUGAUCUUGUACCAGUAGCUUUACAACAAGCUAUAAAUGCGUGCGAAACACAAAAGAACGAUAUUGUCAACACUGAAGUUAUGAAGCUUCGUGAUGCAACUCAGACAUUGAAUGGAGUGUUGUCAAGUUUAAAUCUUCCUGCAGCAAUUGAAGUCAGUACACCUGGUUCAAGCUUACCACCAUCGAUUCUUGAAAAAGCUAAUGAUUUACGUGAAAAAGGAGGCAUUCAGUCGAUCAGAACAUUGAUUGAAGAACUUCCCGAAUCAUUGACACGUAAUAAAGAAAUUCUCGAUGAAACUGAAAGAAUGUUGAAGGAAGAACAAGAAUCAGAUCAACAACUUCGCAAUCAAUUUAACGAAAGAUGGACGCGUACAAAUUCCGAAAAGUUGAAUGAAAUGUUUCGCUCAAAUGCUUCGAAAUAUCGUGAAAUUAUUAACAACGCAAUUACAGCUGACAAAGUUGUUCGACAGAAGUUUGAAGACAACUCAUAUGGAAUUGAACUUCUCUCUAAACCUCCAUCAGAAUUGCACAAUGCAAUCCCUGCUGGUGAUGGGAAUGUCAAUAGUGGUCCAGCUGUAAUGAAGUUACGGGGACUGAUGGAAGCUGUUGAGACAAUGAAAGCUGAACGUGAUGUUAUUGAAUCUGAAUUGAAAUCGGCUACAAUUGAUAUGAAAGAUCAAUUCCUACAUGCUUUAGCACAAGAUGGCGCAAUUGACCCGAACAUGGUGGUUUCUCAUGUUGGAAAGUCUUUGAGCCCACUUCAGAAGCAAAUUGUUGAAAGUAUUGCUCGACAGCAAACACUUGUCCAAGAUAUUCAACACGCACAUCAAGAAUUCACUGCUGAAUGUGGAACAGGAACAAAUCGAAGAGAUCAACUAAUGUCGCAACUUGCAGCUGCUUAUGACAUUUUCGCUGAACUUCAGCAUAACUUGAAAGAAGGCACAAAAUUCUACAAUGAUUUAACGCAGUUGUUGAUUGUUUUUCAGAACAAAGUCAGUGACUUCUGUUUCGCUAGGAAAACUGAAAAGGAAGAAUUGUUGAAAGAUUUGACAACUGAAAGUUCACGUCAAGCUGUUGGUUCAAUUCCACCAAUACCGACACAUCAUGAUUCAACUAAAACUCCUCCAGCUCGUCCACCACCUCCAGCUGUUCAGAGUCAAUCUUCUUUCGCUUCAGCUCCAAACGCUCCUUAUCCUGUUCAGAUGCAAGGCAUGCCACAACCUAUGGGAGUAUAUAAUUAUAUGCCACCAAUGCCAGUUUCAUUUAAUCCUUACGCGACAUUACCUCCUGGUGGAAUUCCGUAUCCGAAUAAUUUCAACUUCCCACAAGCACCUCAAGCACAAGGCGCUUAUAAUUAUGGAACUUAUCCUGGUGCUUAUGGUCAACAGAUUCAACAAGGAGGAUAUCCACAUCCACAACAACAUCAACAAGAUCCAAAUAAACCAUUUGUGAGAGUUAAAGUAGAACAUCUUCGAGUAAUCAUGAAUGUCAUGAAUACAAGUGGUGAUGACUUACCUGAGUGCCCUCUGUGCAUGGAGCCUUUUGAAGUGGAUGAUUUAAGUUUCUUCCCCUGUACAUGUGGCUAUCAAAUUUGUCGAUUCUGUUGGCAUCGGAUUCGUACGGAUGAGAAUGAACUUUGUCCUGCGUGCAGGAAAGCCUAUCCUGAGAAUCCGGCUGAUUUUAAGCCUUUAACUCAAGAGCAGAUUUCUGCUUUGAAGGCUGAAAAACGCCAACGCGAUCAACAACGUAAGCAAAAAAUCACGGAGAAUCGGAAGCAUUUAGCGAAUGUUCGAGUAGUGCAGAAGAAUCUUGUGUUUGUUGUUGGAUUACCGCCACGGCUUGCCGAUGCUGAAAUUCUCAAGAAACACGAAUAUUUUGGAAAGUAUGGAAAGAUUCAUAAAGUCGUUAUUAAUCCGAGUACGACAUAUGCGGGUGUGCAAGGACCAUCUGCUUCGGCAUAUGUCACGUACGUUCAUAAUAACGAUGCUUUACGAGCCAUUCAAAGUGUCAAUAACAUCACCAUUGAUAAUCGAUCGAUAAAGACGAGUCUCGGCACGACUAAGUAUUGUUCGCACUUUAUGAAAAAUCAGGUUUGUCCAAAGCCCGAUUGUAUGUAUCUGCAUGAGCUUGGCGAUGCUGAAGCGAGUUUUACGAAAGAAGAAAUGCAUCAAGCGAAACAUCAAGAGUAUGAAAAGCGACUUCACGAUGCUCUCAUUGCUCAAAUGCAACAGCAAUCUCAACAAACUACAACAAAUCCAUUGAGUGAUUCACCGCAAGCAGAAAGUCCUGUGCCGGGUGGCGUUGUCAACAUCAACAACAACAAUGCAUGCGUAAAUCCAACACCGGAUAUAGUAAAAGAAAAAGACACGCAAUCGACAAAUGAUCAGAGUGAAGCAUGGCCGAGCUUAUCAACAUCACCAGUGACUAUAAAAGAGAGUAAAGCAAACGGAAAAGGCGGCAAUAAAGAGAAUUCAAAAAGCGAGUCGAAUAGACGACAUGAAAAAUUAAAAACGACCGAGAAAAUAAAAGGAAAGAGUCAAAAACAAAUGAAUCGCGAUAAAGUGAAGGGAACGUCAGCAACAUCUACGAUGCAAAUCAAUAAUAAUAGUAACAAUAAUCUCGAAGAUGAGCUGGGUGAGACGGAUGACACUGACGACACACCGUCUAUCAGCAGCACAUCUGAUAGUGGAACAAUAAGUGAAAGUGAUAGUGGCAAAAGUUCACCGCCAAGUUCAUUCCCUGAUCCAGUACAUCCUGGUCAUCAUUUAUCGCAAGCUAAUAACAUAAUUAAUGUUAUAGCAACAACCAGCACUCUAGCGGCGGCUUCAUCAUCGUCAUCACAGCAACAUCAUGAACCAACGAUGAAUGUCAACAAAGUUCAACAGCAACAUCAGCAGCAGCAAAAUGAUCAGCAAAAUAAAUCGAUUAUAUCAUCAUCAUCAUCGCCAUCAUCAAAUAGUAUUAUCGAAACAAACGAUAUAACAUCUUUGUAUAGAAAUAGUGAGAAGAUAAAAGAUGGAAAUAAUAGUUUGGCGGAUACGUCAGCGCGAUUGUCAAAACUUGCUUUAUUUGAUGACAAUUCAAGUUUCUUCUCACGCGGCUUUAACUCAUUCUCAAAGCUUGAUGGAAGUACAGAGCAUAGUAAAGCAAUGAAUAAUGCUCAACUUCCUGACCUACUCAAUGGAACUAUGAAUAACAAUAAUAAUAACAUGAGCCUGGAUUUAGAUCCAAAGCAAUUGUUGAAAAAUUUAAGUAGUUUCGGUUCAAUGAGUGGUAAUCAUGGUGAGAAUACUCACGACGAUUGGGAAUCGGCUUUCAAAUAUUUGAUGAAGAACAAACAGUACGAGGACCAACAACAACAGCAAGAAGAAUGGUUAAGAUGUCAAGAGUUAAGAAAGCAUUCAGGAUUAUCUAGUGGAUUGGGAUUACAUCAAUUUAACAUGUUCAACAAUGAAAACAAUGUCGACAACAUGUUUGCACAAAAUGAAAUGAAUCGCAUGAUGUUCAGUCAACAAUAUUCACAACAACAACAGCAGCAAAGAAUGAAUCACAAUAAUCCUGAUAUGAAUCACGUUCAUCCUAGCAUGUCAAAAUUCUUUGAUUUUCAUAAGAAUCAACAACAGCAACAACAGCAGAAUCAAUUUAUGAUGAAUAAUUCCAAUCUUACUGAUCAACUAAACAUGGCAAAUCUACUUGAUAGUCAUCAUCGAAUGAAUCAAAAUAGCGGAGGCUUUGGUGGAAUGGAACAAGCAAAUGGAUUGUCGCACUUACAAAAGCAGAGAUUAAUGAAUAAUAAAUACGAUAAUGGCAGCAAUAUCCCAUUCAAUACAAACAACAAUCAACAGAACCGAAUGCAUAAUAAUUCAUCGCAAUAUGUCAAUCAAUCAGUUGAAGAUGACUUAGGUUUUGAUCCAUUCAAGGAGACACAAAAAGCAUUGGCAGAAUUAAUAAAUGAUGAACAAGUAACACAGCAACAACAAAUGAAUGGUAAUGGACAAAGAGCAAGAAUGCCACCACCACCAGGCUUUAAUCAUAUUCAAAAUAAUAGUUUCAAUAACUUUGGAACGGCGUCACCACGAUCACAAUCUGGUAGCAAAUUUCCUUUUGUUCAAAACAUGCAAAAUUCAUCACAGAUGCAGCAGCCGCCAAAUAAUUGGCCAAUGCAUAUGGGCUUCAAUCAAAAUUCAAAUGAUGGCAGUUUUCCACCACAUCAAAAUAAUCAACCACCACAACAACAUAAAAGUGGUGGUUUUGGAAACAAUUUCCCAGACUGGAGCUCAUUGCCACUCGAUCCAGCGAUUGUGUCUUAUCGUCAAUUUCCACAAUUCAAUAAUCCCCAACAACAACAGCAGGCGCAAAAUAAUGAAAUGUACAUGUCACAAUUAAAUCAGCAAGGUUUUGGUAUGAAUCAUGGAAUGAAUAUGCAGUCGCAAACAUCCCCGGCGCAGGUCUUUUCCCACUCAAACUUACUCAAUAAUUAUCACAUGAAUAAUUUGGCAAAUGGCUUUACAAAUAACAGCUACGAUAAAUUUCCAAUUCCGAUGUCGUCAAUUCCACCACCUGGAUUUCAAUCUGCGAUGAAACUGAUACUUUUGGCAGUAAUUUUAUGCACCGUGAGCAUUACGGCUGCCAAAGAGAAAGCAAUUAAAGUGAAGGAUAAAGAUAUGAUGAGAAAGAUGAUUAUUUAUGAUAAGAAAAAUCCAAAUAUGUUUUACUGCCCAGUCCCGAACAAACAACUUAAAUCAUACAGCAUUGACAAGAUGAUCGUCAAAGCUCAUCCAUUGAAUAAACUUUGCGAAUAUGAAGGUGCUGGAAAGCCUGAAGAUGCCAAAACCGAUUGUUACCAAGAUGUUGAUGAAACCGAAUUUGCAUGCAAGGAAAAGUACAGAAUAAUGAAAAAUUCAAUAAAAAUUCGAGCUUUGAUCAUGGAAAGCUCAAAAGGUGAGAAGGACGAUCAGAAGCAAUUCGAGCUUCACAAGUGCAUCUUCGAUAACGAUUUAAAGAAGCUAAACCAAAUAAUAAAGUUUAACAAGGAUGUGAUUGAUAAAAAGGAUAAACACGGCAACACAGCUUUACAUUUAGCAUCGAUGCUUGGGCGGAAAGAAUGUGUUUGUCUGCUGUUGAAAAACAAUGCAACGGUGAAUGUUAAAAAUGUAUGUGGAUGGACACCUUUAGCGGAAGCAAUAUCUCGUGGAGACCGAGCAAUUAUUGAACUAAUUCUUAGGAAAUUAAAGGAACAAACAAGAGAAUCAAUUUCAAAACGAAGACCAUCACUUAAUUUGGCACUUAAUCAAAUUGCUGAUUUCUAUCUUGAACUCAAAUGGGAGUUCUCAAGUUGGGUGCCGUUAUUAUCGAAAAUCCUACCGAACGACAUUUGUAAAAUUUACAAAUCGGGAUCAAAGAUUCGUCUCGAUUCAACUUUAAUUGAUUUCAAUGAGAUGCAUUGGCAACGUGGUGACAUUAGCUUCAUUUUUCGUGGUGAUAGUGAUUCCAUGAUCACCGCAAUGGACAAUGAAGCUAAAUGUUAUCAAACAGUGAGAACGCAAGAAAAUGAAAUGGAAAUUCAAGAUGAAAUUGAUUUGCUAAUGAUGAGUGACAUCGUUAACGCCAAGUUAAAUACAAAGAAUAUCAGUUUCUCGCCUGCAAAGACUGGAUGGUUUAUUCGUGAAGACAAAAAAGAGAAAAUUUCUCAAUUCAAUUGUGAUGUUUAUCAUGUUAAUGGUUUGACGAUGGAACAGAGAAAACGACGUGAACAUCUUAAUCGUGAAGAUCUUCAAAAGAAUAAAACUUCAAUUGUUGAAUCGUUGACGAAAACACCAAUUGAAGUUGAUCCUAAUGUUGAAAUUCCACGAAGAGCAUCGUUAAAGCCACCAACGAAUAAAAAUGUUUCGUGGGAGGAAUAUAUCAAUGCAGAUGAAGCACCGACAUUAGGACGUGAUCUCGUCUUUAAAAAAUCACAAAAGACCCUCAAAGCCACAAUCGCCAUGUCGCAAGACUUUCCACUUUCGAUCGACAUUCUUCUUAACGUCCUUGAAAUAAUUGCGCCAUUCAAACAUUUUGCGAAGCUCCGCGAUUUUGUAUCAUUAAAGCUACCGAAAGGCUUUCCUAUUAAGGUUGACAUUCCCCUGGUGCCGACUGUAUCAGCGAAAAUCACUUUCCAGGAUUUUGAAUUUCGUGAUGACAUUCAAUCGGAUUUAUUUGAAAUACCUGCGGAUUACAUCGAGGAUGAAAAUCGUUUUCCAGAUUUAUGA